ACGAAAGUAGAUGUCAGCAGGAUACAGAGCACCUGUUUUGACUUUUGUUAGACUGGUAAUGGUGUUGCCUGUCUCUAUCCUGUCGCGCAUAUCAGGCAGUCAAGGCCAGUAUACUGUUUUGUAUGACUUAUCGCCUUUGUCUACUAAUGGAAACUACUGACGACAUUUGUAAAAUAUUCCAUAGCUACAACUUUGAGGCUGAUAGCGAUUUUCAAUCUGGAAUUCAAACUAUAUUCCAACAAUGUGAAAAGACGACAGAAAAAUUACUUCAAGCUCAGUUGUUCUAUUUCUCUAAGAAAUAUGGGAAGAUUACAGACGUUGAUUAUAGAGGAUGGCUGAAAGAUAAUAACCUGGAGAAUCAGAUAGGUGUAAACAAAGAUCAGAACCCAAUUGAAGAGAGUAAAAUACACAUAGAAAAGGAACAAUCUAAAGCAAGUACUGAAAAGUCACCUAGAUCAAAUGUUUGUGAAGCAGGCGAUAUGGGCACAGAUGGAACUAACGCAUUAAACAACUUGGAAACUGUUGAUUCUUGCCAACAAUUAAUCUCUCAAAUAGUGCUGUCAGAGAAAGAUGAUGAAAUCAAGACAGUUUUGUCUGAAAAAGAAACUGAUGAGAUGCCAAUAGCUAGCUUUGGUCAGGUGGUGGAAAUGAUAUCUAAGGGCCUACCCUUACCUGGUGUUACUGAAUUGGAUAUAAAACCAUUGGACAUUGAACCAACAGUGACCAGAAUGGAGCGGAGGCUCAAACCCUGGGAACAGGGAUAACUUGGAGACAGAAGGGGA